GCGCAAACUAGCGCCUAGCGCCGGUGAAAUAGGGAAGUUUAGCUAAGUGCUGUUAUUCAUUCUGCUGUGGUGGCACCAUGGCAGACGAAAUAGCGAAAGCUCAAACUGCGCAGCCUGGAGGGGAUACCAUUUUUGGGAAAAUUAUUCGUAAAGAGAUUCCUGCCAAGAUCCUGUAUGAGGAUGACCAGUGCAUAGCCUUCCACGACGUCGCCCCCCAGGCUCCCACACACUUUCUGGUGGUCCCUAGGAAACCUAUCUCCGGAAUCUCUAAAGCAGAGGAUGGAGAUGCAGCACUGUUGGGUCACCUGAUGAUUGUGGCCAAGAAGUGUGCCGACCAGGUGGGCCUUCCCAAAGGCUACCGUUUGGUGGUGAACGAGGGGCCCGAUGGAGGCCAGUCUGUCUACCACGUCCACAUCCAUGUGCUGGGCGGACGCCAGAUGGGCUGGCCCCCAGGCUAAGCAGAGACGCGGCGCGCCAUACCGGGCCCGGGCCCGGGCCAGGCAAAGCCGAACCCGAGCGGAGCCAAGCAAACCGCACCAUCUGUGGACACCCUUGCACUUCUCCCACCCCCUUUGCUGUUUGUGAUGGAGGGCUAAGUCACACACACACACCCACACAAGUCCAUCAUCUGUCAGUAUUUUAUCUUCCGUCAGAUUUUUUUUGUGUGUGUGCAUGCAUUGAUUUUGUUUCAUCAUGCUUGACUUAAUCAAAAACAAAUCACACAAAUAAAUAAAAAACAGAAUUGAAUUUGAAA